AUGAUUGGUGAAAGUGGAAAAUCCCCAAAGGAAUUAGAAAAAAUCAUAGUUUGUUUAAAAAAGGUAUUAAAACGUUGUCAAGCUGAAAAUGAACGUUUGAAGUGUGCGCCUGGACCAGUAUCACAUAAUGAAUUGAAACAAUAUAAAACAGAGAUAAAACGCUUAAAAAAUGAACUUGAAACAGCACAGUUAACCGUAGGAUCAAAACUAUUCAAUCGUCGAUUAGCGAAUGAACAAGGAACAGCUAAAUUAAUGCAUCAAUAUGACAGUUUAAGAAAGGAUUAUGAAGAAGUUUUAUCGAAAAAUCAAGAGAUGGCAGGUCAAAUAGAAUAUUUACGUCAAGAAGUGGACAAAUUACAGAAACCACCUGAACAAUCAAACAAUAAUAAACCACCCAGUUAA